AUGGAUAUCAGACCAGGAAGCGAUUUCACCAUUGAGCAGAUUGCAAAGUGCUCCAAUGAGGCCUUUGCCGACUACUUCGGCCACCCGAUCCAGUGGACACCCGAGGAGCUGACGGGCUACAUGCCGAGCCACUGCAUCUCCAGAGAGCGCAGCUUGGUCGCCUGUCCGAAGGGAAGCGACACGCCGAUAGGCUUCGCGCUGAUGGCGUACCGUGACGACCUCCCCGGGCACGCACGCCUGGCGGGCAUGGGUGUUGUGCCCAGCUGGGCGGGCAAGGGCGUCGGCUCCAAGCUCAUCACGGCCAUGUUGGACGCCGCGCGCGCAGACGGUACCGAGACAAUCUGGCUCGAGGUCAUUACCAAGAACGCGCCCGCCAUCAAGCUGUAUUCCCGCAACGGGUUUGAAGUGGUGCGGCGUCUGUCGGGCUGGGCCAGGGACGCCGAUCCGGCAGCAGACGAGCAGACGCCGUCGCGGCCCGACGGCCUGGAGGAGCGCGCGCCGGAAGAGCUGCUGCAGCUCAUCAGGCAGCACGGCGCGGCUGCGGAUCUCCCCUGGCAGCUCUGGCACCAGUUCGUGCUGGCCACCCGGCCGCAGACCUGCCGCGGCUUUCGGCUGGGCCAGGCGUACUGUGCCAUCUCCGACCCCGAGGACGCAAGCAAGGACACGGUGAGCCUGCUGGGGGUCGCUGUCGCGCCGCCCGAGGCGCGGGGCAAGGGAGAGGCCACGGCGCUUCUGCGCGCCGUCAUGGCCAGGUAUCCGGGCAAGAAGUGGAAGGCCCCGGCAACGGUUCCGCUCGAGUACGGCGAGACGAUUGCGAAGCGGCUGGGGUUUACGGUGGAUGACAUUACCAUGGACUUGAUGAAGCUGAAUGUCAAAUAA